AAAUUUGGGUUGGUAUAUAUUUCGGCACACUAGGGUUUACGCUACCCUUUAUGCUGCAAUGGCAGAAUCGAUCUCCAGGUCGCUGAGGGACGGAUGUUUGGAAGGCGAACACGCCCCCGCCCUGACGAUCGAGGACUCCCUCGCUUCCUCUCUCGGUUCCAGCGUCUUCGAUCACUUCCUCGCCCACCUCGUUUCCCAAAUCGCCGCCGGUAAAUCUCAAGCACGCGGCUUGGUGCUCGUUGCUUUUAAUCGAAGCCCGGCUUUCUACUUGGAGUUGCUGAGGCGCAAGGGAGUAGACGCACAGCAUGUGGAUAAACGCGUGCGGAUUUUGGACUGCUACUCCGACCCUCUUGGUUGGAAGAAGCGAGUUCCGCCAUUGAAGACUGCUCAAAACCUCCCGGUGAAGGCAAAUGUCGCCUGUUUCAGCGAUGCGAGGGACACUAACAAGUUGAUGGCUUCAAUUCUUGACCUUGGAAAAGAGUUUGUUGGGCAAGACAAGUCUCGGUUUGCAGUCGCCAUUGAUCUGGUUAGUAGUUUGUUGCGAUACACUUCAUUACCAACCGUCGCCGGCCUACUUAAUAAGCUUCGCAGCAAUGAUCAAACAUCCUGUAUUGUUUGGUUAAUCCAUUCAGACCUCCAUGAACAAAGGGUCUCCGCAGCCCUUGCGUAUGUGUCUACUAUGGUUGCUAGCAUACAACCGAUAGCACAGUGCACCGACGAACAAACAAGCCAACAAAACUCGGUAUGGCUCGGGAAGAAUUCCGAUAAAGCAAAACUCCAUGUACGACUUAAACGUCGAAAUGGGAGAGUGAAGCUACUCGCAGAAGAACUACAUCUAGAUCAAGUUGGUGUUAAGUUUACAGCCGUAGGUGCUCAAAAUUCUAAUGUCGCGAAAAGCCUUUUGCCAAAGGUACAAUUCAAUCUUCAGCUAUCAGAGCAAGAACGCGUCGAAAGGGCAAAAGUUGUUCUUCCCUACGAACAUCAAGGCAAUGGUGAGGAAAUACAGAUUUAUGAUGGCCGGAGAUCUCUCUCCGACAGCAUCAGCAUCAGCCAGCCAUCUGUUGCUUCGCCUGUGAUAUCAGACACUCAGGUUGCCCCUGGGAUAGGCGAAAUACAUUACGUGCGGGAUUCGGACGACGAACAGCCUGAUUCAGAUGAGGAUCCAGACGAUGACUUGGAUAUAUAAGCAUGUUCUUGUACAUUAGGAUGUUUUAUCUAUUGAAUAUGUUCAUAGGAGAGCUCAUGCUACUCA